AGGCAUUGGAUGGCAAGGUAGACUUGAACGAGCAGUCCUUCUUCUCCACUCAACGCCGAACACAUGUUAUGCGAAAUGCCGCUCGAGCUGCGGCUCACUGUGCGAACGCAAUCUGGAUCACCGACGACGUGCUAGCCGACGCUUUCAACCGCUUUCUCCGCGUAUCACGCAGCUGUCGCCGCCAUGGCAGCAACAUCCCCGGUCCAUUGGAAGCGAGGAGGCGGCAGGCACGACGGAGGAUGGGUCUGGCAGCAACAGCGGCCGCCGCUAGCCCGUCCACGAUAGACUUCGGAGCGUUGUUCGGGCUGGGAGCAAAGCAGCCGGAUAUGAGCUACAAAUGGGAGCCUCCAAGCUUGCAGUUACCGCAAGCUGGGCUUUUGAUCGGACCACCCCCGUCACCUCCACAGGCGCUGAAUGAGAAAAGUGCACAGUCCCAGAUCCGCUCUUGCUGGCGAAGACCUGCGGAAACUGCCAAAGUGGACCCGGUUGCGGCUGCCGUAAAGGCAAGCCAGUAUGCCUUCAAUGGCCUGCUCGACUCAUUGGCCUCGAAGACGGAAAUACGCCACGUGGACAUGCUCAGAAUCGAGAGGUUCCUGCAAAGCUCCGCGCACGAACCGGAAGCGUGCAAUUUGCUUAGGCUUGUAUCAUGGCUCGAGUCACGAAGCAUCUCCGAGCCAGCCGCUCGGAUUCUGAUGGUGUGCGCAGUGGACAAGAUUCAACUGCAGACUAUCAGUCUUCAGGAGGUCAGUGCUGUCGUGCAGGCUGUCCUACAGUGCGGCCGUACAGAUUUCCUCUGGAAAGACAUCGUCCGGAUUUUGGACGCGCUUACCGAGACCGACUGCCAUAUUGCUGUCGUUCAGCUUUCGCAGCGGCUCUCUCAAUGGCUCGUCGGUGAAGCCACCACGCCUGAUCAUGCAGCCCUCGGUCGCUGGCUUCAGAUUUUAGACAACUGCCAACACACCAAGACUUUAUCCCGCAGUCACCACAGCGUAUGGGGGGAGGUCUACAGCAACAUUGCUGCUGGUGCAUGCCCAGUCCAACUUGCAACACAUUUUCGUGACAUUGAGGAUGAGGACUUCGCACGCAUCUUAUUAUGCUUUUGGGUACCGCACUUAGACUCUCCUGCCGAGACUCCGGAACGUAUGGAUCGUCGAGAUCGAAUCGUCUUCAGCUUUCCGGCGAAGUGGGAGCAGCCACCACGGAACAUGGAGCACUUAGUCACCGAGUACGAUUCGCUUCGCGCACAACAUCAACAAUAUCUUGCUUCACUGACUCAAGAUAUGUACGAGGAGUCGCCUCCCUGCGCGACCGCUCAGAUGUUUGGCUUACUCUCCAAGCACAGACUCAACUACUCAGGCUUGCUUUGUGAAGCAGUGGGCGUCCACAAGGCUAACGGCGCCUCCCGGAGAUUAUGGGCUCUACUAAGAGACUGUCGACAACAGCGUCCGUUCGGCAUAUCCAGCGACGCCGCCCAGGAUGCUAUCGGAUACUUCCUGAGUACCGGCAAGGAGCGGGAUGUAGAAUGUGCUUGGAGGGUGUUCUCCUUCACGCCCAGCCUGUCGGUCAUGCGGUGCUAUGAGCUGCCUCUGAAACUCAUUCAGCAUAACCUUGCCACCGCGAACAGGAUUUUCGAUGCACUUAAGCGCCAAGUUGCUUCGGAUAUGGUUCCGCCAGAGCUUCGUCAGAUCCGCAAGCUCUCUCUGCUCCCCGAACACAUAGAACUGGCCCAGCUGAUCGCGUACGCUUGGGCUGAUCAAGAGAGAUUCUCCAGUCGUGUCGCUUUUCGCAGGGUGUGGGAGCUUUACCGAUUUCUGCAAGACCGCGGUGCGCCGUUGUCCCCAUUGAUAUCUCGAGCGCUGGUCAAGGCCGGUAUCACACGCUACAUAGUGGAGCGUAAGCCGGUACCUCUUGCGCAGGUCAGGUAUAUCCUGUCUGUGGUGCACCGGGUGGAAGGACCAGAUGCUGCACGGAGUUUGGAUAGCUUGGUGUUUGACGUGAAUGACCCGUUAAGAUAUUUGGGCAGUCUCGGGAGGCGCAACUUGUGGGCCGAUGCACCAGGUGGUCAUUUCGCGAAGGCGGCAAGGUGGAGGAUGAGGCUAUGGAUUAGGCGCAACCGGUGGCAGCAUCAAUCGAAUAUCUCUCCAACUACGGGGCGAUCCAACGUAGAUGCGCGCCUUCCUGCUACUCGUACGGUCUGGCCGGAGGAUGCUGGCUUUAGCGACGUGGAACCGGACUCGGACGUUGAGGGCCACUGGCGGCAAGAUGUGGAUGAGCUCACAGUAGCUGCUGUCAAUGGAAUACACGAGCAUGCUGAUGAAGGAACUAAGCCUUUGCGGAGUGAGGCUGCCGAGCCGCUGACUUCGGCCGACUCACAGAGUCAGAAGGGUGACGAAGGCGAGGACAUACCUACCACCGAUAACGACGCGGACCCCAUGAAAACCCCUUCUCCUGGCCACACCAAGCCGAUAGGUACCGAAGAGGUACACGUUUUUACUCCAUUCUCGAAUAUGCUUAAUGGCUCUCUGAACGAGGUCACAACAAGUCCUGACGAAGCCAAAAGCGGGCUUGUUGUUGAGAAGGGCUUCUGUACAGCGUCCGACCAGACCACAACGUCCCCAUCCACAGCUUCUGUGAAGGUCGACCGUGCAGUUGGAGACAGACGUACACCGACGUCCGCUUGUUUUCCCCGAUCGGCAUUCUAUAUCCACCGUCCUCUCGACGGCAUCACACAGAUGCGUUCAGACAAGGCUUUGGCACUCGUGAGAUUGGCUCCUGUAGAGGGUGCUGACAACAGUGAAGAUCUGUCACGCCGGGAUGAAAUUCUGAUGCCCACUGUUGGGAAUGAGAUACGGUUUGUGCGAGAAGAGAGGGGCGUGAACGCGGCACAAUGGCAGGCUGUCCGACGCCAAUGGAUCAAAAGAAGGCAGUAUUCGGCCCGUAUCAUGGACCAAGCGGUCCGGAAUAGAUGAAUGCGAGAGUGUCAAUGACUGUAAUUGCUAGCCUUAUGAUACCCACACUCACGAUAGUUUAGCUGAUCUAAAACUCUCAUGGAUAGUACCUUGACUGCAA